CUCCAGGCCAAGAACCACUUCAACGCCAACUGCUCCUUCUGGAACUACUCGGAGCGCUCCAUGAUGGGCCAUUGGUCCACGCAGGGCUGCCGCCUGUUGGACACCAACGCCACGCACACGUCGUGCGCCUGCAGCCACCUCACCAACUUCGCCGUGCUGAUGGCCCACCGGGAGAGCUACCAGGGGAGGCUGAACGAGGUGCUGCUGUCGGUCAUCUCGUGGGUGGGCAUCGUGGUGGCCCUGGUGUGUUUGGGGGUGUGCAUCUCCGCCUUCUGCUGCCUGCGGGGGCUGCCGUCCGACCGCACCACCAUCCAUAAGAACCUCUGCAUCAGCCUCUUCCUCGCCGAGCUCGUCUUCCUCGUCGGCAUCGAUAAGACGCAGUACCAGGUCGCCUGCCCCAUCUUCGCGGGGCUGCUGCACUACUUCUUCCUGGCGUCCUUCUCGUGGCUGUGCCUGGAAGGGGUCCACCUCUACCUGCUGCUGCUCGAGGUGUUCGAGAGCGACCCGGCGCGCCGCAAGUAUUACUACGCGGGGGGUUACUGCUUCCCGGCCCUCGUGGUGGCCGUGGCUGCAGCCGUGGACCACCGGAGCUACGGCACAGACCAGGCGUGCUGGCUGCGCGUGGAUAAUUACUUCAUCUGGAGCUUCAUCGGCCCUGUGGCCUUCGUUAUCCUGGUGACGUUGGUGUUCCUGCUGGUGACGUUGCACAAAAUGGUGCGCAGCUCCGCCGCCCUCAAACCCGAUUCGAGCCGCCUGGACAGCAUCAAGUCCUGGGCUCUGGGCGCCAUCGCUCUGCUGCUGCUGCUGGGGCUGACGUGGGCCUUCGGCCUCCUCUUCGUCACCCGCGAGUCGGUGCUGACCGCCUCUCUGUUCACCGCCUGCAACGCCCUGCAGGGCACCUUCAUCUUCGUCUUCCACUGCGCCCUGCAGAAAAAG